GCGCCUGCGCAGUGGACGCGGGCCAGGGGCGGGGUGACCGACCGAGGCAGAGCCAGCGAUUGUCGGUCGCUGUCGCCGCCAGGUUACUCUUACUUCAUGGUACGCCUGUGAGGUGGGCUGCAGGCGGACCUCUCCUCGGCAUGGAGCACAUCCGGACGACCAAGGUUGAGCAAGUGAAAUUACUUGAUCGAUUCAGUACCAGCAACAAAUCACUAACAGGAACACUGUAUCUUACAGCUACACAUCUAUUAUUUAUAGAUUCUCAUCAAAAAGAAACUUGGAUAUUGCAUCACCAUAUUGCCUCAGUAGAGAAACUCGCUUUGACUACUUCUGGAUGCCCGCUUGUGAUUCAGUGCAAGAACUUCAGGAUUGUCCAUUUCAUUGUUCCCAGGGAGAGAGAUUGCCAUGAUAUUUACAACUCUUUGCUACAACUGUCAAAGCAAGCAAAAUAUGAAGAUCUAUAUGCGUUUUCUUAUAAUCCCAAACAAAAUGAUUCUGAACGACGACGAGGCUGGCAGCUCAUUGACCUUGCCGAAGACUAUAAGAGGAUGGGAGUACCAAAUUCAAACUGGCAGUUGUCUGAUGCAAACCGCGAAUACAAGAUUUGCGAAACUUAUCCCAGAGAACUUUAUGUUCCCCGAAUUGCAAGCAAACCAAUAAUUGUUGGCAGUUCCAAGUUUCGGAGCAAAGGGAGAUUCCCAGUUCUUUCAUACUAUCAUCAAGAAAAGAAGGCUGCCAUUUGUCGGUGUAGUCAACCACUGUCAGGAUUCAGUGCCAGGUGCCUGGAGGAUGAACAUUUGCUUCAAGCUAUUAGUAAAGCCAAUCCAGUCAAUUGUUAUAUGUAUGUCAUGGAUACUAGGCCCAAACAUCGCAUGCAGAGCUGGUGGGCUACACAAAAGGACAUUGGCAGAAUUAUAGUGAGGAUUUCUUCAAAAAUCUGGAAUGAUGAGAAAAUAAGAGAAAGCGAUGAGAGAAAGCGACUGAAUGCAAUAGCCAACAGAGCAGCUGGAAAAGGUUAUGAAAAUGAAGACAACUAUUCUAAUAUUAGAUUUCAGUUUGUUGGAAUUGAAAAUAUUCAUGUCAUGAGGUCCAGCCUUCAGAAAUUAUUGGAAGUCAGUGGUACCAGAGGGCUUUCUGUCAAUGAUUUCUACUCUGGUUUGGAGAGCUCUGGAUGGCUUCGCCAUAUCAAAGCUGUUAUGGAUGCUGCAAUCUUCUUGGCCAAAGCAAUAAUGGUUGAAAAUGCAAGUGUGUUGGUGCAUUGUUCUGAUGGUUGGGAUAGGACUUCCCAGGUUUGCUCCCUCGGCUCUCUUUUAUUGGAUUCCUACUAUAGGACAAUCAAAGGAUUCAUGGUUUUGAUAGAAAAGGAUUGGAUUUCCUUUGGACAUAAAUUUUCAGAGAGGUGUGGCCAUUUGGAUGGUGACCCAAAGGAAGUAUCACCAGUGUUUACUCAGUUUUUGGAAUGUGUGUGGCAUCUGACCGAACAGUUCCCACAAGCCUUUGAAUUCAAUGAAGGAUUUCUUCUUCAGAUCCAUGAACAUAUUCAUUCUUGCCAAUUUGGAAACUUCCUUGCAAAUUGUCAGAAGGAAAGAGAAGAACUCAAGUUGGAGGAGAAGACUUAUUCGCUGUGGCCAUUUCUUUUGGAUGACCAAAAGAAGUACUUAAACCCUCUCUACAGUUCCAAAUCUCAGAGGUUUACAAUUUUGGAGCCAAAUACAGUGUCUUUCAAUUUUAAAUUUUGGAGAGCCAUGUACCACCAAUUUGACCGAACAUUGCAUCCUAGGCAGUCUGUGUUUAACAUAAUUAUGAACAUGAAUGAGCAGAAUAAACAAUUAGAGAAAGAUAUUAAAGACCUAGAAUCUGUAAUUAAGCAACGUAAAAAUAAACAAACAGACGGAGAGAUCACCAAGGAAUUGUUAAAUUCAGUUCAUCCUGAAUCACCUACUCUCAAAACUUCCUUGUGUUUUAAGGAGCAGACGCUGCUCCCUGUGAAUGAUGCUCUUCGAACCAUAGAGGGCAGCACCACCGCAGAUAAUCGUUUCCGCGAGUAUGCGGAAGAGUUUUCCAAACCGGAACCUGCCAUUGUCAGCUUGGAGUAUGGUGUGGCAAGAAUGACCUGUUAGACUCGUGGAAUAUUUUCUGGAUCGACUGUAAUGCAGGAAAAAAAAAAAAAAAGGGAUUCUUGUGAGGAUGGUCUAUGCCACAUGACCAAAAAAGGAAUUUGUCUAAUAAUGAUCUUAGGGUUUAACAGUUGGUUCAUAGUUGAAGAAAGGAUAAUAACUGCUCAUCUGGGAGAAAUAAGUCACUUUAAUGGCAAUUUUUGCAAGGAAUGGCAUUCAGUUCCAUGAGAAAUGAGUGAUUUUUGAGGGAUUUAUUCAAAACACAAUUUGCACUGUCUACUAGAAUUGACAUUUCUGUAUGAUUUAUAUGUUAAUACAGCCAAACAUGAAUAACCUUCCUUAAAAUAUUUAAUUGCAAGAAAAGAAAACUUGACACAAUGGUCCCUUACUUAAUAAUUGACAUGGCAUGUACUUUCAGUUAUGUAAUGUAACUAUGAAUAUCUACCUAUUUUGCCUAUUAGUGAUGUUUAAUGUUGAAGUGCCAUGAUAAGUAUGUCUAAGAAAGCCUUAAAAUAAAUUUUCAGCUCCU